AUGCGGGGUCCAGGAGGGUGCAGCCGAGGCCGGGCGCGCAGGGGCAGCCCGGGGCUGUGCGAACCCUCAAGGGCAAAGAGCUGGGCAGAAGAGCAGCCCACCAGCACCACCCGGGAUUCACCUCGCGAGUCAUUCCUCAAAACCACCCGUGAAACCCCCGACCACCACAGGGCAGGGCCGGGCUCUCACGGGAUGCCGGGGCGGGUCCCCCCGGCGCUGCCGCGGCCGCCGCGCUCCGCCCCGGGGUGGUGGCGCGAAGGGGCGGCGGUGCAGCGCGGCCGGAGGUUGGCAAGUCAAAAAGUGGAUCCUUCGUUGGGCGUAAGGAAGGACAGUUCAUUUUCUGAAACAGCAUUAAAAGACAUACCCCAGGAACUGAUUAACUCCCACUAUCACACGCACAAAGAGCUGAAACAUGAGGAAGAGUUUAAGUGCCUGUUAACCCGAAAAGGUGGUGGUUUGUGUAGUGAGGAGGGAGAUGUGAGUAGUUGCCAUGCAUCUGCUUGUCACAUAGUCAGGACGGUGUUAAAUGAGCCCUCUCCAGCGCCGGGCUCUGAGGGGCUGCCUGGCAGAGACCUGUGCGACUCCUCUGGCUGUGGAUCUUUGCUGAUUACGGUCACCCCGGACGGCAGGGUCAUCGAACCUCUCGGUGGAAGGGACCACCCAGCGCUGAAUGCAGCUCACACACAGGCAGUGCCUGAGGAAGAUGUUUGCAAAAAGCAAAAGGUUUACGAGACUGAUGAAUUCAUCCAUUAUUUACUGAACUACUAUCAGACACCACACUAUGCACGUGUUUGCCUAGAGCCAAAAAACACGGCGAGCAAGUCCUGGUGGAAGAGAGUGGUGUCUGGUGACAGUGGUGGUUUUGACACCAGCUUGAGCAACAAACAUGGGCAGCAUCUCAGAGGAGUGAGUCCUGCACAAAACCUCCACAAAACAAAUUGUAGCAGUAAUUACAGACUGGUCAUCACUGUUGGGGAACUUGAAUCAACAGACAAAGUGUCAGACAACAAAGUCCAUGGGGGCAAGCUUGCAAAAAAGUUGCAAGUGCAGAGGAAUGACUCACUCUCUGUUGAUAACUUACCACAUGCUGUUCUGAAUCAUUCUUUGGAGUGCGCUGCUGUUACCUGUGAUAAGGAAUUCAGACGAGAAGAUGGUAGAGAUGAAGGCGCUGUACCAUACGAAACAUGUAGAUCUGCUUUCAGAUUAAAGGAUUUGUUGGAAGAGAUCAGUGACUCUGAGUGCUUUAGAGAGGGAUGUGGCAGCUCAAUGAAGAGAGCAGAAAAAUGGUGUGAAGAAAUUCACAGCAAUUGUAACAGAGGGUGCUUGCCUGCAAGAGGUGGGGAAAGGAAAUUGCUGGUUUACCAUAAAAAUGUAGCUCUGGAAGGUCAAGAGAAGGAAACCAACAAAUGUAACUCCUGUUCUAAUUCUGUCCAUGAGGGCUUGGCAAGGCAGUGGGAACAUAAGCUUAAAAAGUCAUGCAAGAGGUCUAGUAGUAAAUUAAGACAUGAAGGACAGAAAAGUGAGAGACAAUCCACGGAAGAGGAGAGAAAUGCUCAUAAAAUGAAGAAAAAGCGAAAAAAGCUUUCUCCUGAUUUUUUAUCAGAUGAAUGUGGCUUUUCAGAGACAGACAGUUGCAUGCAGCUGGAAUCACUCAGAAAGAUACAGAGAAAAUGUAAGAAAAUGUUCCACAAAAAAGUGAAAUUCAAGACACUUCAUACUGCCUUGGCAGCACCAGAUGUUACCCCUCAUGAUGGCUCACCCCUUCAGGAGACCCUCCAGAGGAGAGGAGAUGAGAGGAAACUAAUGCUGAGAAGAGAGAUGGACGCAGACGUCAGAGGAUGCCCUCUUUUUCCUCUUGAGAUAAUUCAGACAAACCCUUGCUCAGAUACUUUCUGUGGAACAGAACCCAGAAGAGGAUGCUGAACAGCUAUGAUAUAAUAGUUCUGAAUUUUUUGUACAGAAGUGGGAGAAGAAAGCCCUUUGAUCAUUAAAAGGUAUCUGAAAUACUGGUUUGGGGUUUUUUUUUGCUUAGGUAAUUCCUUUGGUUAGAAUAUCUAACUGGUGCAGUGAGCCACAAAAGCAGAAUCUGUGUUUGCCUUUUGGAUAAGAGAGGACCAAAAAUUUCCCCAGGGCCAGACAAACUUUCAUGGACCAGCUGCUAAGAAUUUGAAAGGACAUGAAUUGAGAUCUUGGAGUGUUACACUUUGAUUAAAUGUAGGGAAUCAUGUAAAUAUCAAAGUCGCAGUAUUUAGUAAUAAUGUGUCAUUGGAAAAAAACGUACUUGUCAAUCCUAGAGCAAGCACAUGAAGUGCCUCCUCAAUCAGAUUGUUAUAAUGAUGGGGCUGAAAGGUGUGGGAGACAUAUAUACUCGAUUGUGUGAAGUAAUAGAUUUCCAGUAUGAAAAAAGUCCCAUCUUCUAUAAAACCCACACUGGAAAAAUGCUCAUUUUCUAUUCACAAUUCUAGAGGUGUUUCGGAAAACUUGCUGGUUUUUGGGAGGAAGGAUUUCACUGAACUUGUGCUCCAUGUAGUGCUCCCAGGAAUCUGAAUGGUCGUCUAAGCAAAGCUCUGAGUGUUCGAUAAUGAAAGGGCAAUGCUUCUCAGCCUGCUGACAGUCCCCUGUAAAUGCAGGUUGACAGUUUGUUCACAAAAUUUUGAAGGCACAUGUGGUGAGGUAGCUAUUUAGUACGAGUUUGCUUACAAAUAAUUUCCAGAGGAAUUGUGAAAUGUUGUCGGACUUGUGCUGCAUGUAGGUAAAAAUGUGAAAACGCUGUCUAGGAGCUUGAGUUAUAUCCAUAUUUAUUCAGCUGGCUAUAUCUAGAAGACAGCCACAAUUGCUUUUGGACAAAGUUCCUUAGCAAGAUAUAGAGGACCAGCUCAAAGUUCAAUACGCUGAUUAUUGCAGCUUUCAUUUUAUUAUGCUUUAUUUAUUACAUGUCAGUAGACUAAGUUAAUGUGAAAAUGUUGCCUUCAUUACAUAGACUCUUACCCAUGUUUGUAACUUCUGCUCUAAUAAAUAGUAAUAAAAAAGAAUAAUUGUAAUUGUUUGUGGUAGAUAGAUUUUCCCCCAGUGUUCAAUACUGGUGAUUCCUGCAGGCUUCUAAGCCAGGUUUUAUUAGUCUUCUCUGUUCAUAUGUUCAGAUGUUGAGUGCCUUUUCAGGGUCAUGAAUGACAAAUGGUUGCUACUCAAAGUAGUGUUAAUCUAAAGAUCUAAAAAGAUCUUAUUUUCUUGACAGAAAUAUUUUCUGACUGUUUUGGAGAACAUUUAUGCCCCUCUUAAGUCUCCUUUUUAGUAUUUUAUACAGUUCUAAUGAAGAUAACUGUUGUACUUGUUGAUUGUGUAAAAUGUUUUCAGUUGCACUGAUGUGACAUACCAAGGGUGUUUUUUCUCUAUGCAAUAUUUGCAGAUUAAAGAUGACAAAACUUCCCCCUCUGUCAAUCUAUAGACAGUUCUGUGUCCAUGAGUACCCAUUUCCCAUGAGACAGGCCUUUCGAUUACAGGUGAGGAAGUUAUUUCUUUUUGUUAAUCUGGGGGAGAAGGAAAAAGGAUUUCCUUCGGUGUAAAUUUCCAGUGUUUUAUCAACGUGCUGUCACAAUAUUCAAUAACAAAUAAACACUCCAGUUCUGCAAUUGCUUCUUGCACUUAUAUUGAUUGAAACUGAUAAAGCAAAUCCUCUGUCUCCAAGACCUCAUUCUGUGUAAAACUUUGUUAGUAAAUAAAAUAUGCAUGCACUUUAAA